GGCGGAAGCGGAAGUGCCGGCCCGGAGCCCGCGCCCGGCGGGUGUCUCCUUUGCGCUGCCCAGCAGCCGCUUGCACCAGCCAUGGACUGCUACACGGCGAACUGGAACCCGCUCGGGGACUCUGCCUUUUACCGGAAAUAUGAGCUGUACAGCAUGGACUGGGACCUGAAGGAGGAACUCAGGGAUUGCCUGGUAGCUGCUGCGCCCUACGGGGGCCCCAUUGCACUGUUGAGGAACCCGUGGCGGAAGGAGAAGGCUGCCAGCGUACGGCCAGUGCUUGAGAUCUAUUCUGCUUCCGGCCUGCCUCUGGCCAGUCUGCUGUGGAAGAGUGGGCCCGUGGUGUCCCUAGGCUGGUCAGCUGAAGAGGAGCUGCUCUGCGUGCAGGAGGAUGGUGGAGUGCUGGUGUACGGGCUUCACGGUGACUUCCGGAGACACUUCAGCAUGGGCAAUGAGGUGCUCCAGAACCGGGUUCUGGACGCCCGGAUCUUCCAUACUGAGUUUGGUUCAGGGGUGGCCAUCCUCACCGGGGCCCACCGCUUUACUCUCAGUGCCAAUGUCAGUGACCUCAAACUCCGCCGGAUGCCAGAGGUGCCAGGUCUGCAGGGUGCACCUUCGUGCUGGACCGCCCUCUGCCAGGACCGAGUUGCACACAUUCUUCUGGCUGUGGGGUCUGAUCUUUACCUCCUGGACCAGUCCGCCUGCUCCGCAGUGACACCCUCUGGCCUGGCGCCAGGAGUGAGCAGCUUCCUGCAGAUGGCCGUCUCCUUCACCUACCGACACCUGGCACUCUUCACGGACACAGGCUACAUCUGGAUGGGGACAGCAUCACUCAAGGAGAAGCUGUGUGAGUUCAACUGUAACAUCCGGGCCCCCCCGAAGCAGAUGGUCUGGUGCAGCCGCCCUCGCAGCAAAGAGAGGGCCGUUGUGGUGGCCUGGGAGAGGCGGCUAAUGGUGGUGGGUGAUGCGCCCGAGAGCAUCCAGUUUGUGCUGGACGAAGACUCCUAUUUGGUUCCUGAGCUGGAUGGGGUCCGCAUCUUCUCUCGUAGCACCCACGAGUUCCUACAUGAGGUUCCAGUGGCCAGCGAGGAGAUCUUCAAAAUUGCCUCGAUGGCCCCUGGAGCACUGUUGUUGGAGGCCCAGAAAGAGUAUGAGAAAGAGAGCCAGAAGGCAGACGAGUACCUACGGGAGAUCCAGGAGCUGGGGCAGCUGACCCAGGCCGUGCAGCAGUGCAUCGAGGCCGCGGGACAUGAGCACCGGCCAGAUAUGCAGAAGAGCCUGCUCAGGGCGGCCUCCUUUGGGAAGUGUUUCCUCGACAGAUUUCCACCUGACAGCUUCGUGCGCAUGUGUCAGGACCUGCGUGUGCUCAAUGCCAUUCGGGACUAUCACAUCGGGAUCCCCCUCACUUAUAGCCAAUAUAAGCAACUCACCAUCCAGGUGCUGCUGGACAGGCUUGUAUUGCGAAGGCUUUACCCCCUGGCGAUACAGAUUUGUGAGUACCUGCGCCUUCCUGAAGUGCAGGGCGUCAGCAGGAUCCUGGCCCACUGGGCCUGCUACAAGGUGCAACAGAAGGACGUGUCCGACGAGGAUGUUGCUCGGGCCAUUAACCAGAAGCUGGGGGACACGCCUGGCGUCUCUUACUCUGACAUUGCUGCUCGGGCCUAUGGCUGUGGCCGCACAGAGCUGGCCAUCAAGCUGCUGGAGUAUGAGCCACGCUCUGGGGAGCAGGUACCCCUUCUCCUAAAGAUGAAGAGGAGCAAACUGGCGCUGAGCAAGGCCAUUGAGAGUGGGGACACUGAUCUGGUGUUCACGGUGUUGCUGCACCUGAAGAAUGAGCUAAAUCGAGGAGAUUUUUUCAUGACCCUUCGGAACCAGCCCAUGGCCCUGAGUUUGUACCGACAGUUCUGUAAACAUCAGGAGCUAGAGACGCUGAAGGACCUCUACAAUCAGGAUGACAACCACCAGGAGCUGGGCAGCUUCCACAUCCGAGCCAGCUAUGCUGCAGAGGAGCGUAUCGAGGGGCGGGUUGCAGCUUUGCAGACAGCAGCUGACGCCUUCUACAAAGCCAAGAACGAGUUCGCAGCCAAGGCCACAGAGGAUCAAAUGAGGCUCCUACGGCUGCAGCGACGCCUAGAAGAUGAGUUGGGGGGCCGGUUCCUGGACUUGUCUCUACACGACACGGUCACUACCCUCAUCCUUGGAGGCCACAACAAGCGCGCAGAGCAGCUGGCACGUGACUUCCGCAUUCCUGACAAGAGGCUCUGGUGGCUGAAGCUGACUGCCCUGGCCGAUCUGGAAGACUGGGAGGAGCUAGAGAAGUUUUCAAAGAGCAAGAAAUCACCCAUUGGCUACCUGCCCUUUGUUGAGAUCUGCAUGAAGCAACACAACAAAUAUGAGGCCAAGAAGUAUGCCUCCCGUGUGGGUCCGGAGCAGAAGGUCAAGGCCUUGCUUCUCGUUGGGGAUGUGGCUCAGGCCGCAGAUGUGGCCAUCGAGCACAGGAACGAAGCAGAGCUGAGCCUUGUAUUAUCCCACUGCACUGGAGCCACAGAUGGGGCCACGGCCGACAAAAUUCAGCGGGCUAGGGCACAAGCCCAGAAGAAGUGAGGGGCUCACCCCAUACAUCUCCUUGAGCUCUAGCCUUGGCUGAAGCGUCACUGCGCAUCCAGCUUCUCCCCCGGAGCUAAGCGGAGGAGCUGGGGUGGGGUCGGAGCCAGGGGUCUGGAUGUAAAUAAAGUUGGGACAUUUUAGAGUG